GGCCCUGGCCCUAUGUCAUGCCACCAGGACGCCCCAUUGUGUCGGAUUGCGGCAGCGAGUCCUACGGCUCAGCAGAACUUUUGGAUCACUAUUUGAAUCCUUUGGCAGUGUUGCAUCCGAGUUACAUCAAAGACACCAAUGAUUUUGUUCAGAAAGUACAAGCCCUAACCUUGCCUCCAACUUGUCUGUUGUUUUCCAUGGAUGUUGAAAAUUUGUACACGAAUAUUGACACGUCUAAAGGUUUGGAGGCAGUACGCAAUGUCCUGACACGUAAUCCGGUAGUGGGCCGCCCGGAUAAACACAUUUUGGCGUUGCUAGAACUUAAUUUGACCAAGAAUGAUUUUCAAUUUAACAAGGAGUGGUUUCUACAGGUCAAGGGGACAGCAAUGGGAAAGCGUUUCUCUCCAGCCUAUGCCAACAUCUAUAUGGCGGAGUGGGAAGAGGGCGCCUUGGCACAGUCUCCUAAGAAACCUAUUACCUACCUGAGGUACUUGGACGACAUUUGGGGGAUCUGGGGGGAUUCUAGGGAAGAAUUUGAUCUCUUCCUAAAAACGCUAAAUGACCAGCACCCUUCAAUUAACCUUACGGCACAGGUUAGCGAAAGGGAAAUAAAUUUUCUCGAUACAACCACAUUUAAAGGAUCGGAAUUUAAUAUGACAGGGAAAUUGGACACACGAGUGUUUUUCAAACCCACAGACACUCAUGCAUUGUUGCACAAACAGAGUUUUCACCCGAAACACACAUUUAAAGGUUUGAUCUACUCACAACUCUUGCGAUUCGAAAGAAUUUGCACUCGUUCAGAGGACAGAGAAGAAGCAACCAGAGUUUUGUUCAAGGCCUUACGACAACGGGGCUAUUCCCGGUCAUUUCUCCGUAGGGUCAAACUACAGGCAGGGAAAAAGACGAGGGGAAGAGAGACAUAAGGUGGUUUCGGCCUUCAAAAGAAAUCCAAAUUUAAAAGAACUGUUGGUGAGCACUAAAAUGCAGACCAGGCCCUCUCGCGCGGCCAGGAGAUCAGUAGGAGUGAUAUCAGAUUCUCAGAAAAGAGAACAUUUCUUCAUUCAAACAGGCAAAGACUUAUCUACACGGAAUGCGGUCUACUGCAUGAGCUGUCGGCUGUGUGACGUUAUGUAUGUGGGACAGACUCGAAAUGAUGUCAGAAGCAGAUUGCAUUCCCACCGCUAUAACAUCACACAUAACCAGAAGCGUAACACUCACGUAGUAUGCCAUUUCCGCCUGCACGGGUUACAUAACUUGAGAAUGCGGAUUUUGGAGAGCUGUGCGGGUUGGACACAAAGAGACAGGGAAAACGCGGAGAUGAGAUGGGUCAAGAGGUUGAAAACUAAAUAUCCACGAGGACUCAAUGUAACAAC